GUCAUAUCUAACUCAUCAUCGGAAAUACAAUAUGUUCAUCUCUGACACUAUGCAUAAGCGUCUAUAAUCAUACCCAAGUCAUCAUGUCUGAUCCUCUCAGUCUCAUCUCCAGCAGGUGCUUCCACCGCCGCGUCACUCUUGACACAGCAUAUGGGCCCCUCGCCAUCACAUUCGCCGACAUUGGCUGCACCACGGGCCCUGCGCUGCUCUUCCUACCGGGCAUGUUUGCUUCCCGCUAUCUCAGUAUCCCUAUGCACGUAAUUGCAGAACGUGCCGGUGUGCGCCUGCUUGUGGUUGACCGGCCUGGAAUGGGUGCGUCGACUGAUGUACCACUCACCCAGCGCAUUGCCGUCUGGGUCGAUAUGCUGCCACGCCUGCUGUCCCAUCUGGGUAUUCUGCGCGUCAGUCUUGUAGCUCACAGCGCCGGAACUAUCUACCUGCUUAAUACGUGGUCGCAUUGCCGUGAGAUUGUGAGCCCGGUCGUUACUUUCUUAGCUCCGUGGGUUGAUCUCACCCACUCCCGCGUUACAGCAAUGCAGAUGGCCCAGUACGUGCCCACCAAGGCAUUCGCAAUGUGGCACCUCAUCCCGCGCUUCUUUGUAACGCAGGCUGCGCCUGUGCUGGCGUCAAGCGGGGCUGUGAUCCGCCGGAUGUCAUCACCGAGCAGUGAAGCGGCGGACCGCUCAUUCCUCGAUGCUAAUUGGCGGCGCGUCGAGCGUGACUAUGGCGUGCCCCAUGCUGAACAGGCGGAGCUCGCUCGUCUCGCCCUCCGGUUUAUGUAUAAAGAGGACACUGUUGGGGCAAAUAGCGAGGCCUUGCAGUGUCUUCGGAAGGGCGAUGGUAGCUCCUGGGGAGCGUGCUCGGACUAUGCUCAGUGCGUGCAGACGCUGGCGGCCCGUGAACGGUCCGCGGGUGGCCGGGUCAGUGUCCGGACGUACUUUGCCGCCAAGGAUGCCUUGGUGGGCAGCCGGGGGCAAAAGUACUUUGAGGAGAGCUGGCGGGCACCCGGUGUGGAGGCGUUUGACUAUGUCUCGACGAUCGUCGAUGGAACAGAUCACGAUAAUCUGGUGCAGUCAGUGGAGGUAUGGGAGGAGAUUUUUUCUUCAGUACAGUAAAUCAAGUUUUAUGACUCAUGAUAUCUUGGCCAGGCCUGAGCUACAUACCUCGUGGCUUCCUCGAUGCUCUGUAUGACCUGUUUGAAUGUUAUUAGUGGAUAUUAUUUCUUUGCUAUAGGUUCGCCUGCAUGCCUCUAUGCAGAGGGUGGUAUACUUUAGACCUGUGUGACCAGAUGACUAGAUAUUAUCCCCCCCCGCACAUACUAUUGCGGAUGUCCUCGGAGUUG